UAGUUUAUCAAGGAUUGUUGAGGAAUCUUUGCGCUUCGACGCAGAAGAAUUGUCUAUAUAUUGCUCCAAAGCUCGUCGUAUUCGCAGUAUGGUAAAUGAUUUCAACGAGUCCACCUGUAAACAUCUGACGAAGAAAUGGUAAUAAUAAAUAUCAACUUGAAACACGAUAACGGGAAAAGCAAAUUCAGUAAAUUGGAAAUUUGUGAAAGAAUGAAACCAAACUAUACGCGUUCUCAAGUACGCCCUAAGUUAUUGUUUUGGAUUUUAUACAUGAUCAAAUUUUUCUCCGGAAUCAAAUCUCAUCCUCUCCUGCUGCGAGAUGCGUUUGAUGCAAAAAUAGCUUUGAAUAAAAUACACUUCGACAUCGACGAUGCAUUCGGGCGAUUUAUUUCUGAAGAACUGGAUUGUCUACCUGGUCGCAACUGUAAAAUUGACCCAUCAUCUUUAGAACUCAGAAAUCUCCCAUCGUGCACAGAUGUUGUUGGAUCACCGCGAACGGGAGAUGAAUGGUAUCGUAUUAUUCAGUCAAAUUAUCAAAGCAUGCAUACGUACCAAUAUUAUCUGUCGGAACACUUUCAUGCAAGCGCCAGUAAAGCCAUUUCGGAGGAUAUUAAGAAGGAUCUGAGAAUUGAGACAAAACUAUAUGCUGUAUUUGCCAGACUCAUUCGAUCAGACGUAAAUCAACGCACUUGCAAUCAACUUGUGGAAUCGAUCAUCUCGGAACCUAUACGAUCUCUACCAAGCCAAGUCCUAGAGACAGCCAGGAGUUAUCAAUUUCUCCGUCAAUAUUCAGAAUUUCUCAUGUGUUUUAAACAUACUUAUGAACAGUUCACCGCAUUCCGUCCAAGAAUUUUAUGCGACUGAAGCAAAUGACAUUUUUACUUUGCUAUUUACUUGCAAGCUAAACUUUUAUCGAUAAAAGCAAAUGUUGAAAAUUCAACCUAUCACACUUUCUUAUGCACAUAUUUCUUCGCAAUACGUAUAGACAG